AUGACAUCCUCAGCAACAGAAAUGGAAGAUAAAAAGGAGAUGAGAGAGAAAGACAACAAUAAUGAGGAAUUUGACCAAACCCAUACUCCUGUGGGCCAUAGCACCCAGGUUCUCUACUUUGCAACAGUCAACAAAAACGGAAUCAGACUUCAUCCCCAACCAACUGCCGACCCCUUAGACCCGUUGAACUGGUCAAAGUUUCAGAAACAUGUCAUAUUAUCCAUUGUGAUGUUCAAGUAUUUCCUGUUCACAUACCUCACGACCACCACUGUCCCAUCAUUCACCGAGAUCCAAGACCAAUAUAAGAUCAACUAUUCACAAGUCAAUUGGACAGUCGCCGUGCCAGCAUUAGGGUUAUCCGUCGGACCCCUGAUAUGGUCAUCACUUGGUGACAUCUACGGUCGAAGAACGGUGUUCUUAGCCGGGACAAUCAUAUCCCUAGUCUCGACAAUUGGCGCCGCCGUCGCUGAUACAUAUUCGGGGUAUAUGGCUGCUCGCUUCUUCCAAGGGUUUGGAGUGAGCCCGGCAUCUACAGUCGGGAUGGCAGUCGUGAACGAUCUAUUUUUUGACUAUGAGCGCGGUCAGAAGCUUGGACUGUGGGUUCUUGCGAUUGACGCAGGCUUGCUUCUAGGCCCUACUUUUGGUGGUCUUUUGGAUCUUGUCGGUGCUGCAUGGAUCAACUGGUUCAACGCAAUCCUCUUCGCCGCACUUCUACUCCUCGAGCUCUUCUUCAUGCCAGAGACCCUCUAUCCCCGCAACAAGAUGCUUCAGCAAAUGCCCCGUCUUCAUGGACAUAAAUCCCUCACCGGUGACAUUGAAAAGCAAUUAGCAGGAAAUGACACUACAUCAACAGCUCCAGCAGAGGUCUUAACAUCAGAACUACGCCGGACCAAGAACCUACCAUUCUUUAACUGGCGUCCUAUCCCUGGCAUGCGCCAUCCCAAACCAUGGGACUCUAUCACCCGGUUUGUAUUGACAUUUCGGUUACCUGCAGUUGUCAUUGCAGUUAUCGGAUACGCUUUCGUCUGGUAUUGGUGGGUGCUAUCCGUGAUCACGAUGGUACCUGCAGCCUAUGCAAGCUAUACGCCGCUCAUUCAGGGACUGUUGUUCCUCGGGCUGUUUUUUGGAACCGUCGUCUCGGAGAUUGGGUGUUCUGGACGUUUGAGCGACUUCAUUGUCAAGAGAUUGUCUACAAAGAAUGGCAACAUCCGCGUUCCAGAGAUGCGUUUGUGGUUAGCGUACCCGGCUAUUUCGAUCACCACUCUUGGGUUGAUUCUCUGGGGAGUCAGCAUCGACAAAGACUACCACUGGAUGGUAGGCCAGGUAGCAUUUUUCUUAUUUGCUGCUGGUAUCCAGAUCGGCAAUACGGUGACUAGCAGCUAUAUUGUUGACUGCUACCCUUUACAAACAACCAGCGUGAUCACUUUCUACGCCGUGUUUCUAAACCUAAGUGCUUUUAUCAAUCCGUUCUUCAUUGCAUCGUGGCAAGCGACUUCGGGUUGGACCUGGACGUUCACUACCCAGGGGCUUAUAACACUUGCUGGAGGGUGCAUUGUUUUUGGUGUUCUACAUAAAUUCGGGGCAUGGAUGCGUGAAAAGGCACCGCAGCCUUCAUGGGUUAAUCCGGAGUUUGAUAUGGAUCCUUAA